UUCCUCCAUAUAUGUUUUAUACAUAGCGCUUGGGGAGUGGCUGGUAUUAAUCUGGCAUCUAUACUUAUAAAGUCCACGAAAGCGUGAGCACAAAGAGAUGGCUGCCUCUGAAUAUAAAUUGAUCGGUAGUUAACAGGCACCGGCCUACGUACACCAGGAAGGGCAAGCCGGCUGGCGCAAAGAUGAGCUCGAGCUUUCUGGCAGUUUGUGCCACUUCUUUUGUGCUGGUGUGCUCGGCAGCUACGCCACGAGUAUUGGCUUCAGUCUAUGGAGUUGGUGGAGGGCUCUUGAUUGUCCCUUCUAAUGACUCCCUCGCUCACUGCCCCUCUAGCUGCGGGGAAGUCGAUGGCAUCUCCUACCCCUUCGGGAUUGGGGGAGGCUGCUUUCGGGACGGCUUCGAGCUUACCUGCAACACCGCCACCAAAACUCCCAAGCUCCUUGUUGCCAAUAGUACAACCCAGAUAACAGCAAUGGAAUAUGACAUGGCUUUGGCUCCUAUGUACUUCAAUUUUACGACAAGGCAAGGUAUGGACACCUACAACAUUUCAUGGGUGUCGCCAGCUAAGGGUAUUAAAAUUUCAGAUGAGAACACUUUCUAUGUUGUCUGUUGUAAUUUUGAUGCCACCUUGUUCGAGUUUGGUACGGGAGAUUUCGUUGGUUCUUGUAUGAGUAGAUGUGACAUUGAGAAGGCACCAAUAGCAAUAGGACAGCCUUGUAAUGGGAACGGAUGUUGCUCCAUCAAGUUAUCAAGGGACAUGCGGGGAUUUCAGUCAACACUUGUUCAAGCUGAAGCUGCAGCACAAAUAUCAGAUCCGCUGCAUCAUGGGAUCAUGGCUUUCAUGUCAUAUACGGAUUAUUACGUACGUAAUGCGAGUGAUCUUUUCUUGAGUUGGACGAAUGUGAGCAACGUUGAGGGAGCCGAGCUUCAGUUUGCCAUCACGGACCAACCAAGCUGUGGAAGUGCACUGGUAAACAAAUCAAGUUAUGCUUGUACCACCGGCAGCAAUUGCCAAAAUAUAUCAUCGGGAGGUUACACCUGUGAGUGCACCAAUCGUUAUCUACAAGGCAAUCCUUACAUUUUGGGAGGAUGCAACAUGCAAGAUUACAACCCCAAGCAUAAAGAACACUGUCCGACAUCAUGCGGAACCAUGAUCAUUCCCUUCCCUUUUGGUCUGGAAGAAGGUUGUUUUGCAAACAAAAGGUUUCGGCUUAAUUGUACUGUACAUCAGAUCAUAUCACAGUUUUGGAAACAAGUGAAGCACAAUUUAUUGUGACUAAUGUGUCUGUUGAAGAUGGGACUCUGACUAUAAGUAAUUUGUUGAAUAAUACGGAAUAUGGGAGAGAGAUACUAAUAACUCAAGGUGACCAAUAUGGUGAUACAGUGAUUUAUGGUCCUGUUGAAGAUCGAUUUGACUUCUCUUUAGAAUACAACAUUGUUAUAAAGUGGGCCGUAGCCAAUUUAACUUGUGAUACCGAUAUAAAAAAGAAUGCUACAUAUGCAUAACGCAGUAUCCAUAGCGAUUGCCUAAACGUCACCCACGCAAACAUAUUCAUGGGAUAUCGUUGCAAGUGUCUUCCUGGUUUUCAAGGAAAUCCAUAUAUCCGAGAUGGAUGUAAAGAUAUUGAUGAAUGCUCACUGCCAAACUACUGCAAUGGGACAUGCCAAAAUUUUCCUGGAGGUUUUACAUGCACUAGUUGCCCCCACAGAAAAGAGUUUAAUCCAAUUACAAGACAGUGUGUUGCAUCAGCUAAGCAACACAAUCUUAUUAUAGGUAUUACAACUGGUAUUACUUGUGGCAUUGGUUCCAUAAUUAUUGCAUUAGGUGCAAUUAUUCUAGCCAAUAAGUGGAAGAAAAGCAUCCAAAAGAGAAUUAGAAGAGCAUACUUCAAGAAAAAUCAGGGCCUACUCUUGGAACAGCUAAUCUCAGAUGAAAGCGCCACAAAUUAAACAAGGAUAUUUUCCUUGGAGGAACUAGAAGAGGCAACCAACAACUUUGAUGCUACUCGUGUUCUUGGUCGUGGAGGACAUGGCACAGUUUAUAAAGGGAUUCUAUCUGACCAGAGUGUGGUGGCCAUUAAAAAAUCAAAAAUUGUGGAACAAACUGAGAUAGAUCAGUUUAUCAAUGAGGUUGCUAUUUUAUCUCAAAUUAUCCAUCGCAAUGUGGUGAAGCUUUUUGGUUGCUGUCUCGAAUCUGAGGUGCCCUUACUGGUAUAUGAGUUCAUACCAAAUGGUACAUUGCAUGAUCGUCUUCAUACUGAUGUUAGUGUUAAAUCCUCAUUAUCAUGGGAUGAUCGAAUUAGGAUUGCUUCAGAAGCAGCAGGGGCACUUGCUUAUCUGCAUUCGGCUGCUGCAAUACCUAUUUUCCAUCGAGAUGUGAAAUCUUCCAAUAUACUCUUGGAUGGCAGCUUUACUACAAAGGUCUCUGACUUUGGUGCUUCAAGAUCUGUUUCACUCGAUGAGACUCAUGUGGUGACUAUUGUCCAAGGCACAUUUGGUUAUUUAGACCCAGAGUAUUACCAUACUGGACAACUAACUGAAAAGAGUGAUGUAUAUAGUUUUGGAGUGAUUCUGGUGGAACUUUUGACAAGAAAGAAACCAAUUUUCAUCAACGAUGUAGGCACAAAACAAAGUUUGUCUCAUUAUUUCGUUGACAGACUCCGUGAGGGAUCUCUUAUCGAAAUAAUAGAUUAUCAGGUUCUUGAAGAGGCUCACAGGGAAGACAUUGAUGAUAUUGCCUCACUUACAGAGGCAUGCUUGAAACUCAGAGGAGGAGAUAGACCUACUAUGAAAGAAGUAGAGAUGAGGCUGCAAUUCCUGAGAACUAAGAGGCUAAGAAAAUUCCAAUUUCUCCCAGUCCCAGGAAGUGGUGGAGAGAUUCAGCACCUUUUAAGCCCAAAUGCUGGUAAAUCCCAAGCACAGAACAACUAUACCAGUGCAGGUGAUUUAUCAUAUGAAGGGAUCUCCAGUUGCUACAGUUUGGAGCAAGAAUUAUCAUCCUCAGUCAGUUUGCCACGCUAGCUAUAUAUGUAACAUGGAGUGUUGAGUUAUCACAUAUUUUCUACGAAGUGUUAUGUUACGUAGUUCACUCCAGAGAAUGGUUUUUGCAUGCUUCACUUCCUGUAUACUUGCAGCAUGUAUGCAUAGCCCAUGUGAGUUGAUAGAAUGACAGUUGUAUUCUACUAUAAUUAUUUGUGAUCAAUAUCCUUGUAAGGAAUGACAUGGUAUUGUAAUAUUGUAUUUAAGCUACAGUGGCAAAGUGAACAAGUUCAGUAAUAAUUUUAUUACUCCAUUGCCAAUGUCUUGCUCAGUAAGGGUCACCAAUAGGUAUCUGACUGAUAACUCAGUUUGUAGAUGCUGGAUCUUUUUUUCCACAUAGCAGUGACAUCGUUAAUACGGAGUAUUGGCUGUGUUUAGUUCCUUCCAAAGUUGGAAGUUUGGGUUGAAAUUGGUA